ACUCCGCACCAUGCCUGAACCCUCCAAGUCUGCUCCGGCUCCGAAGAAGGGCUCCAAGAAGGCGGUGACCAAGGCUCAGAAGAAGGACGGCAAGAAGCGCAAGCGCAGCCGCAAGGAGAGCUACUCCGUGUACGUGUACAAGGUGCUGAAGCAGGUCCACCCGGACACCGGCAUCUCGUCCAAGGCCAUGGGCAUCAUGAACUCGUUCGUUAACGACAUCUUCGAGCGCAUCGCGGGCGAGGCGUCGCGCCUGGCGCAUUACAACAAGCGCUCGACUAUCACCUCCAGGGAGAUCCAGACGGCCGUGCGCUUGCUGCUGCCCGGCGAGCUGGCCAAGCACGCCGUGUCCGAGGGCACCAAGGCCGUCACCAAGUACACCAGCUCCAAAUGAGCCAGGCCGCAGCGGAGCGAGCGGUAAGGCUAGGCCCACACCCCAAAGGCUCUUUUCAGAGC